AUGGACGCUUUUAAAGAAAUGAGAGACAUGAAAGCUCUUGAAAAUGCAAGGAACAAGUUGAAAGAGGCCAUCAUGGAAACCGAUGAAUCAACGGAUCUUGAAAUUAAAUUGUGUCAAAUGGUGAUUGGUGAAAACCAUUGGGUGGGGUGCCCCGAAAUCAAAAUCCUGGUACCACAAACACACCAAAAUGGAAAAAGCGAUAAGAUAAGCAACGCCACUCCGCAGUGCCAUCCAUCUUCCACCCCUUUCCCAAUUCCCACCAUGGAAACCGCAGCCUCUGCAAUCACCUUCGCCAUUCCCUCCACCAAGCCCCAAGCCCAAGCCCGAUACCAACUCCUAACCCGACCCGCCAACCCAUUCACCCUCCCCUCCCGCGGCCUGGUCCACCGCGCCCCCGCGCGCCUCCCCUCCAUCCGCGCGGCGAUUCCCCGGACGAAGAAAGAGGAAACUGUGGAGACGGUGCGGGAACAGUUGGAAAACUGCUACCUCCUGGCCGGCAUCAACUACAAGGGGUUCACAGUGAAACAGUUCCAGGAGCUUCGGAAGACGCUCCCGGAGAGCACGAAGUUGAUCGUGGCGAAGAACACGCUGGUGUACAAGGCCGUGGAGGGGACCCCCUGGGAGACGCUCAAGCCCUGCAUGAAGGGCAUGAACGUCUGGCUUUUCGUCCACACAGAGGAGAUCCCUUCCGCCAUCAAGCCCUACAGGGAGUUCCAGAAGGAAAAGAAGCUCGAGGACAACGACUUCACUGGCGCCGUUUUUGAGGGCAAGUUUUACGGCCCCGAAGAGUUUAAGAAGCUUGAGACUUUGCCCACGCGCGCCCAGAUUUAUGCCACUCUUUUGGGCGCUCUCCAGAGCCCUGCUUCUGCUCUCGUCGGCACCCUUCAGGCUCCUGCUAGAGAACUUCUAAUGACUCUCAAGGCUCAUGUUAAGAACCUUGAAGAACAACAAGAUGAGGAGGGAUUUGCGCAGAUGAGGUGCAUUUGCAUAAGUUGA